CCCAGCGUUCACACCACCUCCCCCAGUUUUGGGGCUUGCAGCCUGGAGCAUGGGUAUCAGUAGAUAUAUAGGCCCUUAUGGGAGUCCAAAUGGUGAUGGCGCAAUUAAGCAACUCCAUAGUAUUCAUCCUCGCACAAAGCCAGUCUAUGAGCAUUGUCUAAUAAGCACUUUUUUUUUCCAGCACCAUUCCGGCAUCAAGACAAUGGCCCCUUACAUUGAAGAGUCCGCCGGCGUCGACCCCGUCUCCAAGGCAGACCUUCAGCCCGAUAGCACACCAUCCAAAUAUGACAAAGUCGCAAAGCCCGUCGCGGAUGAUUUCAUGUACGAUUUCAAGUACAAUCACAGUCUUCCAACCACCGACAUUCUGGGGAUAGAUAUCCCCAAAGACUGUGAUGCCAGGAAAGAGGCCGAGGGCAUUGUAGCGCGACUCGCUACAUCCACAUUGGAGGCGGAUGCUCGAGCUUUCGCUGACCUAUUCCUUGACCACGGCGUUUGGCGCGAUAAGCUCUCCUUUACAUGGGACUUUCGCACAUUCAACUUCAGAGACGCCAUCCUGAGAGCGGCAACCGACCUCCUGCCUCAGACCAAGGUUCGAAACUUCAGUUUGCUCGCGCCCGCACCUGUGGUGUGCCGCCCGUACCCUGACUUCUCUCACCUUCAAUUCGUUGUAUCUUUCGAGACGGAGAUUGUCCUUGCCUCGGCAGUCAUCAAUGCAGUCCUCACUAAAGAUGGCUGGAGGAUCUACACCAUGCACACUGUCGCCGAGAGCCUCAAGCAGUUUCCUGAGCUCCCUGCAUCAGACGGACACAUGACCGGCAUAACCAGCUGGGAGAGCCAGAGACGCGAAGCCAUAAACAGUGUUGAACCUGAGGUACUGAUCAUCGGUGGUGGUCAAAAUGGUCUUGCCAUGGCCGCGCGUCUCAAGCGCCUGGGCAUGGAAAACCUAAUCAUCGAACGCAGCGAUGAAAUCGGCGAUAUUUGGAAGAAGCGCUAUGAAUACCUCUCACUGCACUUCCCACAUUGGCCGGACGCCUUACCGUACUUCAAAUACCCGCAGCACUGGCCCACAUAUACCCCCGCGCAGAAGCAAGGUCUCUACAUGAAGUGGUACGCUUCUGCUAUGGAGCUCAAUGUUUGGACCAAGUCCGAGGUCGUCAAGGCCGAGCAGGACGAUAAUGGGCAGUGGAGCGUUACCAUAAACAAGGAGGGCGAGGAGACGCGUGUGCUGCAUCCCAAGCAUGUCAUUAUGGCCACCUCGCUCUGCGGAAUGCCGUACACUCCAAACGUUCCAGGCAUGGCUGAGUUCCGCGGCGUCAUCCGGCACUCCAGCGCCCACAACAGCUCUCGCGACUUUGUCGGGAAAAAGGUCUGUGUCGUCGGGACCUCAUCCUCGGGUUUCGACACAGCGUACGAGUGCGCGCGUCUGGGAAUUGAUGUCACACUCCUACAGAGGUCGCCGACGUAUGUAAUGUCUCUCACGCAUUCCGUCCCGCGCUUGCUUGGAGGUUACGCGCCCGACGAGAGUGGGAACCUUCCCGAUACUGAGGUGCAAGAUCGGAUCAAUUUCGCUAUGCCGGUUGGACCGGGCGAGGAACUCGCUAGGCGUACGGCCAAGGAUCUGGAAGAUCUCGAUCGCCCACUGCUCGACGCCCUCAAUGCCCGAGGCCUGCGGACUUGGCGUGGCCAGCGCGAUACGGGAAACGCUACACUCGGUCAGACGCGGAACGGGGGGUUCUACUUUGAUGCUGGUGCGUGCGAAGAGAUCAUCAACGGCAACAUCAAGGUUGAGCCGGGAUUUAUUGAGAGGUUCACCGAAGAGAAGGUGAUUCUCAACGGCGGACGCGAAAGGGAGUUCGACUUGGUUGUUUUCGCGACUGGAUUCUCAAACAUGAUCGACUCCAUUCGAGCGACCCUCGGCGAGAAAGUCGCGAGCCAGUGCGGGCCGAUUUGGGGUAUUGAUGAGGAAGGCGAGUACAAGACGGCGUAUCGGGAGACAGGAGUGCCAAACUUGUGGAUCAUGGUUGGAUUUCUUCCCAUGACGCGGUAUGCCUCUAAACACCUGGCUUUGCGAUUGAAGGCGCUGCAAGAGGGGAUUUCCCCUCCCCCUUACAAAGCCUAG